GUAAUUUACUAUUUGAGUUUUCAUUCUAGGGCACUCUUCUCUCACGCACGCACUCUUUCGUCUUCUCAUCCCACGCAGCUGCGGCCGCCGCCGCCGCCGCCGACGAACUCUCUCUCUCACUCAUUACUCACCGGUUUUAAAUGGGUGUAUUAGAUAAAGCUGAUUCCUUCUUAGAUGAGGAUACAAUGGAAGAUGAGGAUCUUGAUAGUGAGGAUUCUGAUUUUGAAUCUGAAUCCGAAGAAGAAGAAGAAGAUGUGAAAUUGUCUGAACCAUCAAAGAAUGCAAUAUAUAAUGCAGACGGUCUCCUCGAUAAGCUUGGAGAUACUAGCUGGCCGGAAAAUGCGGGAUGGAUACACAGGUUAUCUCUUGAUAUUGAUCAAGAAAAAGAGGUGGAUGUGAAUGAUGAUCUAGCUAGAGAGCUUGCAUUCUAUACACAGGCUUUGCAGGGGGCAAGAAUGGCCUUUGAGAAGUUCCAAUCUUUAGGACUCCCGUUUCUCAGACCUGCAGACUAUUAUGCUGAGAUGGUGAAGACAGAUACUCACAUGGAGAAAGUGAAGGGUCGGCUGCUGGCCGAGCAGAGAAAGAUGGAGGAGGCCGACGAAAGAAGGAAGGCUAGAGAAGCGAAGAGGUUAGCUAAAGAGAUACAAGCUCAGAAGCUAAAGGAGAGGGCUAAGCAGAAGAAAGAAGAGAUUGAAUCCGUCAAGAAAUGGAGGAAGCAGAGGCAAAAGAGUGGCUUUGCUGGAGGCGAUAAAGGGGGCGAGAUGGACUUAACCUUUGAAGAUGGAAAGACAUUUGAGAGGUCCGGUAAGAAGAGGCCAGGGGUGUCUCCAGGCGACCGCUCGGGAGGGAAGACAAGACAUGGAGGAGGUGGAAAGGGGAAAAAUCCGAAGAAGAAGAGAGACUUCAGAGAUUCCAAGUUCGGAUUCGGCGGGAGGAAGAGUUUGAAAAAGCAGAACACAGCUGAGACAACAAGUGAUAUUAGGGACUUCAACAAAGGAAGUUUGUCGAGUAACAAAAAGAGAAAGAGAUCAUAAAUUAAUGCAAGUUUAGAAAAGGUGCGGAUGGUCAGAUCAACCUAUAGUUAAACUUUCUUUAAAUUUUCAUUCUGUAAUGCUGCGAUCAUUUUUGGUAAUCCUACAAGAUGUAAACUUGAGGCUUAUAAUUUGUAUUUCUUGUUCAAGAAAUAUUGAUUUUGGUAGUUAUUUUUCUUUAUUGUGCAAUUAUGGUUUUUGAAUAGAUUUGAUGAUGCAUCAAUACUUUUGUA